AUGUACGAAGAACACUCCACCAAGUCUUCGCAGGUGGCCUUGGAUGAGUACAUUGAGAAGUAUGGGUCCGUUGAGAGCCUCGAGCUGCAACAGGGCUCGUUGAAGGAAGUCAUCGAUGAGCUGCUACGGGUGGAGAAGAAUCAGAUAACGUCAGAAAAGGCCAGCAAUGGAAACUUGAAAUCGCGCUUGAUGGGCCUAAUAACAUUUGUCGACCGGUAUGCAGCGGCCAUGGACUGCCUGGUACAAACUUGCUCCGGAUCUGUCGUCAACCCAGCAGCACUCAUAUGGGGUCUCAUUCGGAUCCUUAUAGAGGUGACCUCGUCGGCAAGUCGAUAUUUCACAAGCAUAUUUCGGCUGUUGGAGGACCUGAGUCUAGCUCUCUCUCUCUAUGGUGCAUAUGAAGACAUGUUCUUCGAGAAUCCGAGAUUCCAGGGGGCUCUGAUUGUGGUCUAUACGGAUGUUAUUGCAAUUCUAGAUAAAGCACGACGAGCCCUCCGGAAAAGCAGUACGUCUUCCUUACUCAAUGUGCCAAACAGCAAUGGCAAUGGAGAGGAACUCUACUCACGAAAGAUGAUAGAAAUCUCCAUGUUAUUUCAUCAUUUCCGAGCCACUUUCGAGUCCGACUUUGCGGACGAUCUCAACGCGGUCAGAAAACACCUGGCUAUCCUGGACAGCGAAGCGACACUGGCACAUCGCGGCGUAAUGCACACUUUCGCCAUGCGUAGUAGCCCUCCGGAACUCCCCGGUGCUGAAGCUGUGUUCCAGCAAGAACUCAAUAAGCGUGUCUUCGAGUGGCUCGCACCCCUGGAUUGUGCCGAACGACUACUCGAGCUCCGAGAGGCUCAUCAAGAAGGAUCAUGCUCUUGGUUACUUCAAGAUUCAAAGUACACAACUUGGAAGCAUGGAGGCGGAGAUGAUACCCUAUGGAUUUCAGGGCCCCCUGGCAUCGGAAAGACUUUCCUUAGCGCGGCCAUGAUACUGGAUCUUGAGGAGUCAGCAGGGCCUUCCACAUCCGUGGCAUACUUCUACGGGGACGCGAGUCAACAGCUCGAGAACAAUAGUACCAAGCUAUUUGCGACUCUCAUUGCUCAAACGCUCACCAAUAUGUUGGACCAUGAGGAGCCUCGCAAAUUGCCCUCAAAGCUUGUCAAAGCUUAUGAAAGAUCGUCCCAGUUUGGUCGUUCAUUUAUUUCCAAGGUCGACUCUCCUAUGGAAAUUCUGGCUGCGGUGGCAUCUGCUGCGGAACGGUUCAUGGUGGUUGUUGAUGGCUUGGACGAGAUGAGCGAGCCAGAGGCCACUGCUCGGCAACUCAUGCAAGCCUCGUCGAUGUUCGGACCGGGUUUUCGACUUGCAAUCUUAAGUAGGGAUUCAAAAGACCUGAUGCGAUGCCUCGAUGGAACAGCGCACCUUGCCAUUCGUUCUUUAGACGUCAGACCCGACAUAGAGACAUACAUCCAAGAACGCGCGCAGAGACUUCCCCUUGAGGAUGACGUUUCUCGACAAAACCUUGUCAAAGUCAUAACAGAUAAGACGUGGAAGAGAUGCUCCUCAGGUGUCCUCCUGGUCUGGCGGCAACCUAUGAUCGUUUCAUCCUGGGUCUCGCCUCUCAACCAGCUCAUCGACGUCGAACAGCCAGAGAACUUCUGCAAUGGGUUCUGUGUGCUUUCCGACCUCUGUCUAUAUCAGAGCUCGAGCAUGCUCUGUCGGUACAAUGCCCCGAGAGACGUUCAAGCGCUCGCAUUAUCAGCACGGAUUACACCGUAUUCCGAGCCGCCAUUACUGAGAUCUGUCAUCCUUUCCUCUGUGUCAGUGCAGGCGGGGACCAAAUUCGACCAAUUCAUCACUCUUUUCGGGAAUAUUUGA